UCCCGCCAGCGCGGGCUGACGUGGAGGGCCUCUGGCGGCGGCUGCGGCCGCCCGCGUCCGAGGCUCGCGGGCUGCGGGCCCGGGUGAGUGCGCACCUGGUGCGCGGCAGGGCUCCUGGAUGUGUCACCUUGUCGCACUGCAUCCAAGAUGAUCGGGGAGAGGGGCCCUCCACACCCCCUCCGUGGGCGUGUGAAUCCGCUUGUCACGUGACAUGAAAAACUCUGGGAAUGAAUUGGAAUUCAUUGAAUCAAUUUGGGGAGAAUUGAAAUCUUUAAGAUUUUGAACCAUCCUGUUUGAGAACGUGCCAGUGCGCCAUGGACGGUUUCGCCCUGGAGGAGUUCGCUGACGAAGACGGCGCCUGGGGCCAAGAAGACGGCCCUUCUGCAGACGAUGGUGCCUUCGCUCCCGAGUUCAUGUCCGAUGACUAUGUUCGCGUGACUCAGCUUUACUGUGGUGCUGUGGGUAGGCAAUAUAAAGAUUACGCCAAAAGUGAGAGAAACUUAGAACUAGACAUCUGCAAUAUUUGGUGCAGUAAACCGGUUCCUGUCCUGUACGACUACUGUGACACCAUCAAAAUACACAUCUUCUGGCCGCUGCUGUUCCAGCAUCAGCACAGCUCUGUCAUUUCACGGCUGUACCCCUGUGUGGACACGGGCAAUUUUCGUGCUUCUGAGAUAAGUUUGAAGCAAUUACAACGUCUUGAGUUGAUGGAAGAUAUUGUGGAUUUGGCGAAGAAAGUUGUGAAUGACUCAUUCUUUAUUGGAGGCUUACUGAGAAUUGGUUAUAAAAUAGAAAACAAAAUGCUGGCAAUGGAAGAAGCUUUGAAUUGGGUGAAAUACAUAGGCGAUGUAACAAUUCUACACAAGUUAGGAGCAGUUGACAAUUGUUGGCCUAUGUUAAGUAUUUUCUUUACUGAAUACAAGUAUCACAUAACUAAAGUUGUGACAGAAAGCUGCAAUAUUCUUGAAGAAUUUAAAAGGCAAAAUUGUGCAGAGUGUUUAGAGCAAGGAGAAGUGAUGAAAAUGAAAGGAAAUGAAGAGUUUUCCAAAGAAAGAUUUGAUGUAGCUAUUGUCUAUUAUAGCAGAGCCAUUGAAUAUAGUCCCGACAACCACCUUUUUUAUGGUAACCGAGCUCUCUGUUUUCUCCGCACCCGGCAGUUCAGAAACGCACUUGGUGAUGGAAAGAGAGCCAUCAUCCUAAAGAACAACUGGACGAAGGGUCAUUAUCGUUAUUGUGCUGCUCUUUCUAUGCUGGGGGAGUAUGACUGGGCCCUGCAAGCAAACAUUAAAGCUCAAAAACUCUGUAGAAAUGACCCUGAGGGCAUCAAGGAUCUAAUUCAGCAGCACAUAAAGUUACAAAAACAGAUAGAAGACCUGCAAGGUGGAACAUCAACUAGGAAUCCAAUCAAAUCCUGUUACGAAAGCAGGGCCUGCACACCUAGUUCAUCAGCACCUGCGUUUAGUGCUGCACUUAACUUUGUGGAAACUGAGAGAGAUUCCAGAAAAACCAGCCACGAAAUGGCAAGCGGUGGUUACCCACAUUCAAGGGACGUAGAUGAAGCUUCAAACUCAGACGAUUGUGACUGUCCCGAAUAUGUGGCAACGUCAAGUCAACCUCCAAGACACAGAGGAAAACAAAAAUCCCGAAACCAUGAUUCGGAGGCCAGCUCUAGUUCAGAAGGGAAUUUACAAGCAGACCUGAAAACCUUUCUGGAGAGAGCGUUCUCUAAAUCUUCCCGAGCCGCACAUCAGGAUUUCGCGAAUAUAAUGAAAAUGCUGCGAAGCCUGGUUCAGGAUGGCUACACGGCCCUGCUGGAGCAGCGGUGCCGCAGCGCCGCCCAGGCCUUCUCGGAGCUGCUCAGCAACCUGGACCCUCAGAAAAUAAAGCAAUUGAACCUGGCCAUGAUUAACUAUGUCUUAGUGGUCUACGGAUUUGCCAUUUCUCUCCUGGGGAUAGGACAGCCUCAGGAGCUCUCUGAAGCCGAGGGCCAGUUUAAGAGGAUGAUUGAGUUCUACCCCAACGAGGGCCUCGACUGCUUGGCCUACUGUGGAAUUGGAAAAGUGUACCUGAAGAAAAACAGGUUUGGUGAAGCUCUUAAUCACUUCGAACAGGCCAAAGCCUUGAUUUACAGACUUCCUGGAGUGCUGACUUGGCCCACCAGCAACGUGGUCAUUGAAGAGACGCAGCCAGGGAAAAUAAAGUCGCUGUUAGAGAAAUUCAUCGAAGAGUGCAGGUUCCCUCCGGUGCCCGAUGCCGUCUGCUCCUACCAGAACUGCUGCGGGGCUUCCAAGGUCCAGAUCUACAUAACCGACCCAGACUUCAAGGGUUUUAUAAGAAUCAGCUGUUGCCAGUACUGCAAAAUAGAAUUUCACAUAAACUGCUGGAAGAAGUUAAAAACAACCACCUAUAAUGAUAAAAUUGACAAGGAUUUUCUGCAAGGAAUUUGUCUCACCCCUGACUGUAAAGGCAUCAUUUCUAAGAUUAUCAUCUACAGCAGCCGGGGUCAAGUGAAAUGUGAAUUUGAACACAAGGUCGUGAAAGAAAAGGCUCCCCCAAGACCUAUUCUGAAACAGAAAUGCUCCAGCCUAGAGAAGCAAAAACUGAAAGAAGACAAGAAAGUGAAGAGGAAGAUCCAGAAACAGGAGGCGAAAAAGCUAGCCCAAGAGAGAAUGGAGGAAGACUUACGGGAAAGCAGCGCGCCCAAGCCUGAGGAGCGGAAAGAAACCGCCGUCCGGGCGCAGCCCUACGAGCCCCUGGACGACAGGAUCCUGCAGUGCAUCAAGCUGUCCACCGACAAGAUCCAGGCCGGCGUGCGGGACGCGUCCAAGCUGCUCAAGGAGCUGCUCUCGUGGAAGGUUCUGAGCACAGAAGACUAUACAACCUGCUUCUCCAGCAGGAAUUUUCUGAAUGAAGCCGUGGACUACGUCAUCUGCCACUUGGUUCAAGAGAAGAACAGGGUCAAAACAAGGAUAUUUCUGCACGUUUUGAGCAAGUUUGAUGACAUGGAGCCAAAAUUGGCCACCUGGAUCCAGAAACUUAACAGCUUCGGCUUAGAUGCGGCCGGGUCGUUUUUCUCCCGUCACGGCGCGUCUGUGAAGGAGCUGGACUUCAGCAUCCUGACCUUCCUGUGGAACGAGAAGUACGGCCACAAGCUGCCGUCCAUCGAAGGAAAGCAGCUGGACUACUUCUGCGAGCCCACGGCGUCGGAGGACGCCCGCUUCCUGGUCUGGCUGCUGGAGGAGCACCGGGACAAGUUCCCGGCUCUGCACGCCGCCUUGGACGAGUUCUUCGAUAUCAUGGACAGCCGCUGCACCGUGUUGAGGAAACAGGACAGCAACGACAUGCCAGUUCAUACUACCAAGACCAAAAACAAAGGCAAGAAAAAGAAACUGAAAGAUUCAAAGCCCAUGUUAGUUGGCUCUGGAACAAGCUCCGUAACAUCUAGCAAUGAGGCCGUCGCUUCAGGUGGAGACCUUAAGAGCAUCGUGGACCCCGAGGCCCCGUUCGUGGUGCCCGAGCACCUCCGGCAGGAUGUGGAGGAGUUCGAAGCGCUCCUGGAGCAGCAGAACGGGGAGUACGUGGUCCGCGACAAGCAGCUGUGGCCCAUGAACCCAAAGCAGAAGUCUUCCACUCUGUACGAUUACUUCUCUCAGUUCUUGGAGGAGCACGGCCCUUUGGAGAUGAGCAACAGGAUGUUCUGUGAAAAGUACGAGUUCUUCCCAGAGGAGACGCGGAAGAUAGUCGCCAACGCCGGGGGCUUGAGAACCUUCCUCCUGCAGUGCCCUCGGUUCGUGGUCAUCGACAACUGCAUCGCCCUGCGCAAGUACGCCUCGCGGCUCAGGAAGAAGAGGAAGAAGAAGAACGGCAAGGGGAAGACGGAGGAAAGCUCGGCGACGGGGGAGUUCCUGCGGAUCACGCUGCCGCUGAGUUCCAUGUUCAGAGACUUUAAGCCAGACGUGACGCCCGAGCCAGCGGCCGGUGCGUCUGCAGCGCCGGCCCUGGAGGGCGCAGAGCCUGAGCCCGCACCUGCCGGUUCUCCCCAGCCGGCCGGGGAGGCCGAGGAAGCAGCACCGGCGGCGGCGUCUGGGGGUUCUCACACAUCUGCUCCCGAGGAGGAGGGGAAGCCCGAGGAGGGGAAGCCCCAGGAGGUCCUUCCUGAGGCUCCCGAGCCCGUCCCUGAGGACGCGGCUGCCCCGCAGGCCCCCUCUCCCUCUCCCAAGCCAGCCCCCGACGCCGUGAAAGCAACCUACUGGGCGCCAGCGCACUUGGUCACGGGGUACAGCUCGUUCCUCCCCUUCAGGGGGUUCGACAUCACCCAGACGCCGCCAGCGUACAUAAACGUGUUGCCGACACUGCCCGAGCGCGCCAGCCCGUACACGCCCGGGGCCACCGCCGCGUCUGAGAAUCCGCCGCAGAGGUCAGGGCCGGGGGUGCCGACUCUCGUGGCCAGCGACAGACCCGAUGACGGCGCCACUGUGUAUUUUGAGGACCCUCGUCUGAAUGCCGAGCGAGCCCCCGGCGGCCAGGUUGCGCCUGCAGCACAGAUGCAGCUCCACUGCCUGGAGGUGGCAGGAAGGUCUCAGUGCAGCGCAGAGGGCGCUGGUGCCGCCCCUGGUGAGCCCAGCGGGGACGUCAGUCACGGUGGAGAGUCUGCCUACGGGGAGGCAGAGCCAGAAGGGACCGAGGAAGCGACAGACGGUGAAGCGACAGACGGCGCCCAUGCACGCGCGGUUGCCGUACAGGUGUCCGGGAAUGUAGCACAUCAAGAAGUCAAUACUGAGCCAUACAAGCCUUUUGAGGAGCAACAGGGGGAUAUGUCCCAGAUGGAAAGGGAGCACCGCGCUCUGCAGAAGCAGCUGCAGGACGCCUGCGAAAGUUACGCGCUGAGAAGACUGCAGGGCGCGGAGGAGAUCCGGGACCUGGAGGAACAACUGAGGAGGAGCAUGGAGGAAAACGAGAUCUCACAGACGGAAUUAGAUUGGUUCCUCGAAGACUUGGAAAAGGAGGUUAAGGAAUGGCAAAAGGAGAAACAGGAGAUGCAAGAAAGGGUGAAGAUGCUGAAGAAGAAAACGAAAAAGAUUUCACAUGCCAUUGAAAUGUACGCUCAGAAGAAGGAUGGGAAGGACAAGGAGCUAGAGUUCCUUCUGCACCAGCCCUGCGAACUCAGUGAGGAAUACAUGAAGGAGAAAAUGAAACUGGAAGAGAACAUCAGGGUCGGGAAGAAGUAUUACGAGAAGAUGCUGCGAAGAUCGGUGACGGCCGAGCUGUCUGUGCUUGAAAACUCGAAGGAGACGGAAUUGCACAAGCUGUGGAUCUUGGAAUACCAAGCAGACCGGUACCUGAACACCCUGAAGAACCUGGACAGGAAAGCUGCAGUGUACAUUAACCUGGACCCUUACAUGCAGACGUGGGAAACAUUUAUUUCUGAUGUAAAGAGAGAAAUGGAGAGCGCAGCGUCUCAGUUCGAUGACCGCAUCCGGGCAGUGCGGGAGGGCUACGUGCUCCACGAGCUUCCCCAAGUGCAGAUCACGGUUCUCUCGUUCCCUCCCUACAACCCGAUGGAGCUCGGGUCGCCUCCAGAGACUCCAGGUGGCCAGGACGUGAGUCCCUCGACUUCUGCCAGUCCCGGGGCCGGAAACGGAGCAGCUGUUCCCAAAGAUGCAAGUGUGGCCUCCACCGGUGACCCCCCCGCGGGGGCUCCCUCUGCGCCACAGCCAGCCUCGCCCUCCGGUCAGCCGGGAGCCGCCCAGCCGCCAGCGAGCGCCGUCCAGGCAGCCGAGUCCAAGCCCGGGCCCGAGGCCGACCCGAAGCUGCCCGCCCCCGCGGCGCGCGCCCCCCGGGCCAGCCACUCCCCGAGGAAGCCGUUCAACACCAUCAUUGAGCACCUGUCAGUGGCGUUCCCCGGCUACAGCAGCACCGAGCUCGCUGGCUUUGUUAAAAAAGUGCGAAGCAAAAGCAAGAACUCGCUCGCGGGGCUGAGCGUGGACGACAUUGUCCAGAGAGUGACCAAGCACAUCCUGGACGAGGCGAGGAACCGCAAGCCGAGUCCAGAACAGGACAGGAGGCUGGGGGAUCCCCGCUCUGCCGAUUCUGUGACGGGACCACCGCCCGGAGCGCAGGGACAGAGGACAGAAGGCGUCCCCGCCCUGGGCGCACAUCACUGUGAAGUUUGCCACGAGGCGAUCAAACCCAAGAACGUGCGUGUGCUGACCUGCGGGCACAAGUGCCACAAAGGGUGCUUACAGAAGAGUGCGAGGGGCCAGGGCACCUGCCCGGCCUGCCUCGCGGCAGGAGAGCAGCCCGCACCCGCUGCGGGGGACCGCCUGCUGUCCUAGGCGGUCACGGCUCCCCCGGGGCGGUCUGCCGACGGUCGUCCGGGAAGAAUGACACAACACAGCCUUUGGUGUCAAAGGCAAGCAUCUCUCUGCCCCAUGUCACAGCGCUCACAGGUGGACAUCUUCAUGUAGUGGACAGUGACCUCCGCACUCUGACCGGCCACGUCGGUGACAGCCAGGUGCUACUGGGACUGGUGUAACCGCCUCCUCACGCGGGGCUGACAGCGGGCUCCUCCCGGGACGCCCCGGCGCCUCCCAGCCACACUGGGGUUCAGGGACCUGCCGGGGGGGCCCGGUUACGGUUUUCACGAGAGUCGGUCGGUGUUCCCGAAACUACGCCAACAUUCUUCCUCAAAGAUCCCGCAUUUUAAAAAUGGGCUUACGCAAACCACAUUUUAAUCAUUUGUAGUUGACGUUCAAAUAUUGGCCGAAUCAGACCCAGAUUCGAAUCCCUUCCUGUGCAGCCUCGUGUGAUUUUGAUCGUCCGUUUUAUUUCCUAAAAGUAGAUUUGUGUAAAGUGCUUAUCUGUCCGUCGUCUUGUAAAGGUAGAAUCUGGUCUUUGAAACUUGAUUCCAGGCCGCUUCCUUGUACCCGCCCAGACUUUGCGCCCCGGAAACCGAGGCCCCGUCCACGCACCCCAGCCCCAUGCUUGGAGCCCGUUUCCUGACUCCCUCGCUGUCCCCCCCGAGUGGCCUCCGUGCCGCUUCGUGACCAGACAACAGUGUCUGCGCAGCAGUAGCUCGCCUUGGGCGCCUCGGGGGUGCUCGCCACCAGCCCCCCCACCACCACCGCCAGAAACGGGCUGUCACAUGACCGGCAGUCCCGCGAGUCCCUGCCCCGCGAGCCCCGUGUUCCACGUUCGUGUGCAGUGACGCAUGCACUUGUACUGUGGCCUUCUGAUGACACUAGAAACUUGCCAAAAUCGUUCUCUCUCGUGACUUACACACAGUGGUGAGUGCAGAAGCACAAAUUCUGGACGCAUUCCGUUCCUCUCCAACAGGAGGGACCAGUACCCGUUCUCCGUUGUUCUUUGUGCCCCUGGGUGCUCCCAGCCAGCCCCGCGUUUGGGAGCCAAUCUUGCCGCCCCCCUCUGCCUUGUUCCUGUGGGUUUUGGUGUCCCCGUGACCUAGUCCGUAGCCACUUAGUCCCCGCUUUGCAGCAACUCUCCGCGCGGGUCCCUAAGCAUCGUCCGCACGUUCCCGGUGACGGAGAACCAAAGGGCCGAGAGCCGCAGGGACCAGCUCGCAGCGGCGGGUGCAGGGGGAGCGCAGAGCAGCUGGGGUGCGCGGGAACGUGUGUCAUACAUAGCUCCAGGCCUGUGAACAUGCCUUACAUGUGUCCUGUGCGUGUCAAAAUAAAGAGUAUUUUUAAAUGA